UGAGUUGCUCGCUGCGGGGCGAGAGUUCCGUUAUGUCGUUCAGAUCCCAGAUCCCUCGCUAUAGUAGAGUUAGAUGCGCUGUCGAGGAGCUGCAGAUGGGCAGACAUACUGUUCCUCAAACCAUGAUCAGAUAAGAAACUCUGAUACUGGCAGACGAGCUCAUUAAAAUGGCGAGAGACUUCACUACAACGAGUCUGAGUAACAUCGACCUCGCCUCUUUACGGGAUCCGGCGGGGAUCUUCGAGCUCAUCGAGGUGGUGGGCAAUGGGACGUACGGACAGGUGUACAAGGGUCGACAUGUGAAGACAGGACAGCUGGCAGCCAUCAAGGUGAUGGACGUGACGGAGGACGAGGAGGAGGAGAUCAAGCUGGAGAUCAACAUGCUGAAGACUCACUCCCAUCACAGGAACAUAGCCACGUACUACGGUGCGUUCGUGAAGAAGAGUCCUGCGGCUCAGGACGACCAGCUGUGGCUGGUGAUGGAGUACUGCGGUGCCGGCUCCGUCACAGAUCUGCUGAAGAAGACCAAAGGAAGCUGUCUGAAGGAGGACUGGAUCUCCUACAUCUGCAGAGAGGUUCUGAGAGGUCUGUUACACCUGCACUCACAUCAUGUGAUUCAUCGAGAUAUUAAAGGACAGAACGUGCUGCUGACGGAGAACGCUGAGAUCAAGCUGGUGGAUUUUGGCGUCAGCGCUCAGUUGGACAGGACGAUUGGCAGAAGAAACACGUUCAUCGGGACGCCGUACUGGAUGGCACCGGAGGUGAUCGCGUGCGAUGAAAACCCUGACUCCACGUAUGACUACAGAAGCGACGUCUGGUCUCUGGGAAUCACUGCUUUAGAGAUGGCCGAGGGAGUACCACCCUUGUGUGACAUGCAUCCCAUGAGAGCGCUGUUCCUCAUUCCACGAAACCCUCCUCCCAAACUCAAGUCCAAGAAAUGGUCUAAGAAGUUUCAGAUGUUUGUGGACAGCUGUCUGGUAAAGAACUACCUCCAGCGGCCGUCCACAGAGACGCUCCUGCGCCACUCCUUCAUUAAAGACCUUCCCAACGAGCGGCAGGUGCGCAUCACGCUCAAAGACCACCUGGACAGAACCAGGAAGAGGAGGACAGAGAAAGAGGGGACGGAAUAUGAAUACAGUGGCAGUGAAGAUGAAGAAGAUACCAUGAACGAAGAUGAAGGUGAACCCAGCUCUAUAGUCAAUCUUCCUGGAGAGUCCCUGUUGAGACGGGAGUUCCUGCGUCUGCAGCAGGAGACACACACCCAAACACACCUGCUCCAGCAAACACACAACCAGGACAACUACAAGAGACAGCUGCUGGCCGACAGACAGAAGAGGAUCCAGCAGCAGCAGGAGGAGCGCCGCCGCCUCGAAGACAAGCAGGAACGGCUCGUACACCAGACAGGACUCCAGUGGCCCGAGCUCCAGGAGAUGAUAUGGCAGGAAGAGACCGACCUUACUGAGAAAACCAGAAGAAACCACAACAAACAGCCCAGAGACGGUGAUCCUGGACCAGUGGCAGUGAGUGUGUUUGCUGAGCAGCAGGAGCGGAGAGACCAGCCUCGAGACACACGGCACGACGGGGUAAAACACAGCAGCAGCUCAUGUCACACAUGUGACCUGAACCACCUGACCCACGACGACGAUGAUGAUGAUGAUGAUGAUGAUGUUCAGCUGCCAGGUAAACUGCAGUCGCUGGAGGCUCAUCUGGUCAAUCUGAACAAUCUAGCGGUGAGGGCUCCUCAUGUCCAGUCUCGUCUGGGGUCAGGGAGCAGCUCCAGUCCGUGUACUCCAGCGCUGCAGAGAGCGGCCAGACCACCGAGCGGGAGUGUGUGUCCCGGUCCAGAGCUUCAUCACAGCAGCUCCAUGACGGACGUCUCGUCUGCUCCUCUGUCUCCAGCGCUCGAUGAAGUCUUCUUCAGUCUGGACGAGCAGCCGCCCAAGAUUCCAGAGCGCACCACGUCGAGGCUGAGAGAAGUGUUGGUUCCUCACAGAGCGGGGUCCAGGGCUGAAGCUCCUUCUGCCGUCAACAUGUCCUUCAGCUCCAGCAGCAGCUCACAGUCAGGUCUGAGAUCUGUCAGAGUCAGCACAGUCAUUCAGUGUGUGUGUGUGUGUGUGUGUGUGUGCGCGCAUGCUCUGUUUUGUGCAGGUCACUGUGUGCUGGACAGUCCAGCUCUGAUGUCACCGCAGAACCAGGGUUUGGGAAUGAAGUCUCCGUUCAGUCCGUUAAUGAAGCUUGCAGAAUAUUCGUCCUCCAGUGAUGAAGAAGACGAGAGGACCAGGUCUCCGCUGAGUAACGGCAGGCCGCAGUUAUCCAGAGGACAGUCUGCUGAGAUCAUCCUCCAGCCCCAUCACAGCGUCACACAGCAGCAGCAGAGUGCAGCAAAGCCAGCACACAGAGUCCAUCAGAAGCCUACAGGACCUCAGUCCAGCGACAGCUGCUUCCUGCCCGACCUGCUGCACCAGAGCCCCUCAUACCAGCAGACCACAGUCCAGAAUUUAUUCAUUAACCAGGCAGGAAAAAGCACAUCGUCUUCCUCUUCCUCAUUCUCACCUUUCAUUGACCCACGUUUGCUGCAGAUCUCUCCACCUCCGAGUCCACAGGGAUAUGUCCAACUGAACGGCAGGUGCGAGCCGUGUUUCAGACAGCCUCACAGGAAGGGCUCGGUGGUGAACGUUAACCCCACCAACAUCCGUCCUCAGAGCGACGCACCCGAGAUACGCAAAUACAAGAAGAAGUUCAAUGCUGAAAUCCUCUGUGCCAGUCUGUGGGGAGUGAAUCUGCUGGUGGGCACCGAGAGCGGUCUGUGGCUGCUGGACCGCAGUGGUCAGGGUAAAGUUUACUCUCUCAUCAGCCGCAGACGCUUCCAGCAGAUGGACGUGCUGGAGGGGCUGAACGUGCUCAUCACUAUAUCAGGUAAGAAAAACAAGCUGCGGCUGUACUACCUGUCCUGGCUGAGGAAUAAGAUCUUGCGCAAUGAUCCAGAGGUGGAGAAGAAACAGGGCUGGACCUCAGUGGGGGAACUGGAGGGAUGUGUGAGCUAUAAAGUGGUUCGCUAUGAGAAAAUCAAGUUCCUGGUCAUUGCCAUGAGGAGCGCAGUGGAGGUCUACGCCUGGGCUCCCAAACCAUAUCACAAGUUCAUGGCUUUCAAAGCGUUCAGCUCACUGCCUCAGAAGCCCCUCUCGGUCGACCUGACGGUGGAGAAUGGACAGAGGUUAAAGGUCAUCUACGGCUCUCAGUUUGGGUUUCAUGCUAUCGACGUGGACUCGGGGACACCCUUCGAUCUCUACCUGCCCAGUCAUAUCCAAGGUGUGAUCCGGCCGCAUGCCAUCAUCAUCCUCCCCAGCAGCAGUGGGAUGGAGCUGUUGCUGUGUUACGAGGACGAGGGCGUCUAUAUUGACACCUACGGCCGCAUCACCAGGGAGACAGUGCUGCAGUGGGGGGAGAUGCCCGCCUCCGUGGCUUAUCUUCAGUCGAAUCAAGUGAUGGGAUGGGGAGAGAAAGCCAUCGAGCUGAGAUCCGCCCAGACGAGCAGUCUGGAGGGAGUCUUCAUGCACAAGAAGGCCCAGAAGCUCAAGUUCCUGUGUGAGAGAAACGAUAAAGUGUUCUUCGCAGCGAUGCAGUCUGGUGGAAGCAGUCAGAUCUACUUCAUGACGUUGGGACAGAACACUCUCUUCAGCUGGUGAUGGUCACGGUCAUCAGACGGCUGCUGGUCAAACUACAGACCAGCCUUCAAGAGUCAAACUGUCCACUUUCUGUAUUCACAUGUAAACAUUUUAAUAGAAGUUAUAUAUUAUAAACAUAUUGUAUGUAAAAUAGGUGAUAUAUUGUGUUGCGUCUGACAGUGUCAGCAUUUGUCUUGAUCUGUGUGUAAAACAAACCUUUUAAUUUGAACUUUUUAUUACCAUGUCAUGCUGAUAUUUUGUCACUAAUACCUGAUUAUUUUAUUGUAUAAUGAUAACCAUGGCUGGUACACGGUGAAGCCCAUACUAACAGCUAAUUGACUAACUGUCGAACAUUGUAGCAUCUUUUGAGAGAAAUACUGUAGCCGAUUGAGAAUAGAAAUGACUGAUUACUGAUGACUGCAGACAUUCAGCUUCAUUUCACAGGCUUUCCAAGGAAACACUUUUAAUUAUAACUAAUGGCAGUUUAUCUUAAUGUUUUUUGUUUUGUUUUUUAAUUAUAGCUCCCACUGUACUAAAACACAAACAUAACUGGACAAAUGAUCAUGAUAAAAGUUAUCUAAUAAAAGUAGGGAUGUCCCGAGCGUGUUUUUAACUGAUUGAUAUGAGUGGAUACUCAAUAUUCAAUGACCCGGAUCGGAUCAGUGGCACAACAAUUAUACAACUAAUUAUACACAGGUGUUUGCACGCAGAUUAAAUGAUUGAUCUAUGUCUGCAGUCUGAACAUCGCUAUUCGUUUGCUCUGUACAUUUGAGGAUUGUUCUUUGAUUGGCAUCAGUCUUUGCGGCUACUAUUUCUCACACAUUUCUCAGAUGAAGGAGUGUUUUCUGCUGGUUCUGGUUAAUCAGUCUUCAGUAUUGAUUCUUUAGGUACAUUGACAGUUCGACAGAGUCAUGCAUCUGAGCUCAAGUAUAAACACAAAUACAUAAUUCACAUACUUGAAUUCAUGAAAUAAAUGCAUCAGUCACCUCUCUCGUUGAUAGUUUAUGAUUUGAGACUUUCAGAGACAUUCACUGACACUCAAUACAUUUCUGUCACUUAACAGAGUAUUAGUUCAGUGUCACAAGACAGUUCGGAAAGAUUUUCAUUGUUUUUGGAAUGUAGAAAUAAUAGAGUAAAGCAUGGUUGUGUGUGGAAAUCAGCAUAGCAAGUGUGGAGUGAUUUGUGACGCAGGUGACUCUGUUGUUUCUUAGCCUUAAAUGAGGAAAUUAAAUGAAGCAAAGAAAAGCAGCAGGAAGAGGAAGAUGCUCGUAUGAAAGAGAGUUAAAGAAAGUUGAAAUGUGGGAAAUCAGAGUUGUAAAAAGCCAGAGGUGUGGCGUUUGGGAUCAGAUGGCUUGAACUGUCCAUUGAAAUGUUAUAUUUGCACUGAAAACACCCCUGCUUGUGAGGAUGCAAUACUUGUGAUUGUGAACCACGUGCACUUUACAUCGCACGCAUACAGACUAAUUUGCUUAAUACUACUGUUAUAGUUUGACACAUUAUUGAUUUUACUCUUUUAUUAACAAUCAAACUAAAAAUGGCAUGCUAAGGGUUUUAUAGGCUUGAUUUGACACUAGAGAACAGACGUGUGAGCAUUAGUAUUCUGAUGAUUUGCAGCACACUGAAUUCAUCCUGUACUCCAGCAGAGCAUCUCAGUGUAUGGAGACGAGUGUUUGCACACAACAGUAUCAUCACUGAACUCUGUUCUGGAGUGCUUCAGUAGUUUCAUGUAAUCAGGAAUCCACUGGGAGUCUGAUGCUCAGAUCGGCUCUGCUGCUUCAUCUGUUUUGUUACAGCAGAGCAGACAAAGUCUUGUUUUUCUUUUCUCUACCGUGCCCUAAUGUGCCCUGAAUGCCAUCUGGCUCGUGUUGUGUAUGAGACAUCAUGAAUGUAAAAAUCAAACAUUAAAAUGUCUGAGAGUCGGUUUCUGUACUUUCACUUUCAUGCUGUACAUUAACAACAGAGGAUUUUAAUUUAACUCAAAGCUUUCUCUUCUUUGCAAUAGUGUAAUUUGACUGUAUAUUUCCUGUACUGUACAUAUUCCUAAAUACAGUUCAGUAUCAAGCACUGUAGGAAGCACCAUGUACUCCGUUAUGAUCAUCAAAAACUCCUCUUUUAGGUUUCAGUAACAGCACAUUGCAUAUAAAGUGUAAUCUGUGUGUCACAUGAAGGAAUCGAGCCAAAUAAAUGCUUUAAGAAUA